UGAAAUGCAUGGUUUGGAUUAAUUAAUUAACCGCGUUUUAAUAAUUAACUCGCUUCUCCAUUAUUUUAUUUUCUUUCUUCUUUUAUCUCUCCGUGGAAGGCCCAUCACAUUGAUUCCCGAUCUUUGUCUCUUGCAGUUAUAUUUUUUUGCUUUUCCCUGCUAAAGCACAUACUUGUGCAGGAUCUCAUCAGCGAUUAUUCAUCAUACUGCAUGCAUGGGAGCAGUGGUUGUCUUGGUUGCUAUAAUAAACCCACACUAAUUACCUCCGUGGGUGAGCAAUCAAAAGGACCAAAAGUUAAAUGUGAGACUGUGAAGAAACCUAGCAUAUCAGAGGAUUUCUGGACCACUAGCACAUGUGACAUGGAUUACAGUGCAGUGCAGUCACAAGGAAGCAUCUCAUCAAUUAGCAUAGCGAACCAGACUCUUGAUCAACAUGGUGGCUCUGGCAGUAUUAACAACGUUUCUGAAUUUGUAAAUCAUGGUCUUCUUCUCUGGAAUCAGACAAGACACUGUUGGGUGGGAAAUAAAAGGUCUGGGAACGAGGAACAGCUGCCUCAAGAACCCAAAUUAAAUUGGAACGCGACAUAUGAAAGUUUGCUUGGGAGCAACAAACCGUUUCCCCAGCCAAUACCACUCACUGAAAUGGUGGAUUUUCUUGUGGACAUUUGGGAACAGGAGGGUAUGUAUGAUUAAGUAGAAGUUCAAGAGAUUUGAUGGAUGGUUAGAAUCAGAUACCCUCGCAAUUCUUGUAGCAUUGAAAUGUCAUCGAGCAAAAGGUGGUGUGUAUAUCAACCGUAACAUUGUCUGUCAUAUUCCCACCCCAGAUUUGAUUUAUCCACAGGCAUUUUUAGACCUGCCUUUUGUAUUGCACUGAAAAAAAAUGAGAAACAAAACUGGCUGCCGCUGUUUUAACUGGUCA